AGGGAUGGUAGUGUUUGCGCGCGCAUUAUGCUUCUGCAUGAGAUUCUCGUUUGACAUUUUCAAGAGCUUUAUUGAAUUAUAGUGACAUUUAGCAAAUAUGGCGUGUGUUUGGAUCCAUAAUUGUUUUAUGUUAUAUAUUUUAGUGACAGUGUAUAAUUUACAACCGUUGAGGGUUGUUUGUGAAGUUUUUGAACACAGAACAUGCAGUCACAAUCAUCCCAAAGCACACGAGGUGGUGCAUGGUGUAUUUCUCGAACCAGAACACGUUGUAAGAAAAAGGAGUAUAGAUAGACCACUUAGAAUAGUCUUGGUUUAUGAUGAUUCAGUAUACAGGUUGGACACUGAGAAGUUUGACUUAAUAAAUAAUACAAUAUUGCCAGAAGCGGUGCAGUUUUGGCAAAAUGCUCUUAUGGUUCGUGAAACAAAGGGUGUUAUUAGAUUAAACAGGAAAUGUAUAUCUAGUCAAGUUUUCGUGAAGGGUUCACAUACGCAUUGCAUAUCUGCUUGUCGACCUGUGACAAUGUGUGGUGAAGUUCGAGUUCCUGAAGAUCACCUGGACGUUUGUCGAACUUGCGAUGUGAAUGGCAUAGAUUGCGGCGUUGAACCCGGAUCAAAACUCGGAAAUGGAAUACAAGAUGCCGAUUUCGUAUUUUACGUUUCCGCAAUGCAAACUGAACGAUGCUACAAGGGUCUGACCGUAGCUUAUGCAGCGCAUUGUCAGCAAGAAGCGGCGCUUGAUAGGCCGAUUGCUGGGCACGCCAACUUAUGCCCGGAAAGUAUCAGUACUAAACCCCAGGAAUUGGCAACGCUUUUGUCUACAGUGAAACAUGAAAUUCUGCACGCAUUGGGUUUCUCUGUGAGUUUAUAUGCGUUUUUUCGGGACGAAUUUGGCCGACCACGUACUCCACGUAAAACUGAUACUGGAAAACCAUAUCUGAAUGAGAAGUUGCAGAUUCACCAGUGGAGCAAUGAAACAAUAAGGCGAAUUCGAAGGCAAGGUUGGUCUGUAAGAGGAGGUACGGUUACACGUUCAGUAGAUGUGAUGGUUACACCGCGCGUAGUGAAGGAAGCACGAGCACAUUUCGAUUGUCCACAACUUGAAGGGGCAGAACUUGAAGACCAAGGCGGUGAAGGCACUGCACUCACGCAUUGGGAAAAACGUAUACUUGAGAAUGAAGCAAUGACGGGAACUCAUACCCAAAGUCCUGUAUUUUCGAGAAUUACGUUGGCUUUGAUGGAGGAUAGCGGUUGGUAUAGAGCCGAUUACUCGUAUGCAGAACCUCUGAGUUGGGGACGAGGACUCGGCUGCGACUUUGUAAUGAAGAGCUGUAAAGAUUGGAUUAACACUAAAUUAGCAAGAAGCCAAUCAAUUCAUCCAUUUUGUGACAAAUUGAAACGGGAUCCUUUACAAACAGAAUGCACUGAUGAUCGAACAUCUGUGGCCUUGUGCAAUUUAGUAGAACACGCCGAAGAACUUCCAAGAAAAUAUCAGAAUUUUGAUGAAAUUAAUCACGUGGAAUCAGGACGAGAAGGAUUUUAUGGGGGAUCUGUAACAUUAUCUGAUUAUUGCCCAUAUAUACAAGAAUUUACGUGGAGAAGCAAAAAUGUUAUUGUGAGAGGUUCACACUGCCAAUUUGAAGAAAAUAAUCCAUCUAGCGAUAAAAAUUUUGCUUUGGAAAAAUAUGGUAUAUAUUCCAAAUGUUUCGAACAUACUGAUCAAAUGUGGGAGGAAAGGUCCUGCAAGCAAGUUCGACAGUGGCAACAUUGGGGCUCUGGAUGUUAUGAAUACAUGUGCGAGGAUGGACGACUUCACAUCAUGGUGUCCAACUACACAUACACUUGCCAUUAUCCAGGCCAAAAAUUGAACAUAAAAAUACUGAGUAAUGGUUGGCUGCAUCGCGGAGCGAUUAUUUGCCCAUCUUGCCACGAAUUGUGUAAUGAAUAUUUUUCGAAGCAAAACGAGAAGUGCAAGCCCGACGAUGAGGCGCCCGCCACUCACCUAUAUCCUCGAGAUUGGUUGACUUGUGGUGCAUAUUCCUUGGGAUAUAGUGAAACUUACGAAUAUUUUAUUGGUCGAUGUAUUGACUUAUUCUCCAACUCAGUCAUGGAUGCACAGAGUCAGAGUCCUUGUUUUUUCAUUUUUGAAUACAGUUAUACAACCCAUGUACCUCUUACUUGUAAGAGGCAUGCUGCCACUACAGCUUUUGCACACUCUCCAUAUACGUAUGCUGCAGCAAUGACCACGAAAGGCUGUGAUAUUUAG